AUGCAAGCUUCUUAUGUCUAUGGUCCGACUAAAAAUUUCAUAAUCUCUUUUGACGAAGAGAAUCCUCCUGAUCUAUCCAGAACAAAUAUAGAUAUUUCACUUAGCCGAACUCCAAGCUGCCAUAGCUAUCUUCCUCCAAUUAGCUCUAAUAAGCUGCAACUAAAGAAAAAGUGCAUACCGAAGCGUUCCAAAAAGAAAUUCAAAAAAAAUAGCAAAAUUCAAAACAUUACAAUGAAGCUGCAUGAUCAAGAAGUAGAAAAGCGCCAUCAAAGGUCAAAUAGCUAUAACGGAAUGACUUUAGAAGAUGAGAACAUUAAGGGUGAAAUUAUAAGGCUGCGCCAAAAUAAAAGCAAAACAAAAUAUCAAAAUUUAAACGUAAGCAGCAUUUAUAACAUUUCUAUGUCAAUGAUUAAUACAAGAAAUUUUGGUUUACUUGAAAAUCUUCACAGAAAGCAAGCGUCACUACCUUCACUCACAGUCUCAACAAUAGAAACUCCAAUUUCUCAUAGCGAAGAGUUAAGCUAUUUUAAUGUGUCUAAAGAUGGAAAAUUAGACGGCCAAACUCAUGAGCUAUAUAAAUUAAGAAAUGCAAUGGCUUCUCUUAUUAAUAAAGAAGAAGCGGAUCUUGAUAAAUUAAAUGAACCGAAACAGACUAGAAAAAAUUUAUUGAUGGAUUUAAAACCGAUUUUUCAAAGAUUGCUAUCUCUCUCCCCCUCCGUGAGAGUGAACAAAAACAUUUGAAAAAUCGCUAUUUUUUGCCCAAAAACCCACCCUCCGUGAGUGAAACAAAAAAUUUUUUUUUUAAUUGAAAAAAUAUUUUAUGAAAAAAAACAUUGAUAUAUAAGUGAUAAUUAGUAUAAUGAAAUCUCGGGCUAAUUAUGUUUAAUUUUAAAAAAAUUGCGUUUUAAAACAUAAAUUUUAUAAAUUAAAUUAAUAUUUGCUUUCCAAUUUUUGCAAAUUAGGAUUUUUUUAAAUUUUGAAAAACAAUUUUUCUAAAAAUUUAAAUAUAAAUUUUUUAAAAAAAAUAUUAACUCCCCUCUGUGUGAGUGAACAAUUUUUUUUUCGUCCACUAACGGAGGGGAGGAGCAAGUAUUGUAAUGAAAGCUAAAAAGAAAGAUGAAUUUGAUGAAACGGAAAAAAGAAGGCUGGUAGAGCAGUAUAAAGCUCAUCUUAGGGAUUCAGAUGAUAAGAUGAAAGUAAUCAUCGGGACAUUAUCUAUUUUAGAGCAAGAUUUAAAAGACUCCAAAAUACAAUUUCAUGAAUUAAAAAUUGAGAUGCUCAUUAAAAAAAUUGAACGAUAUAAAGAGGCUUUAAAGCUAUUCCAAAUCACUAGAGAUAAAUUAAAAGAUGCUAUAAAACUGUUUGAAGCAGACUCCAAAAAAGAAGCCCAACAGAAGACCGUUAAUGUGUUUAAUAUUAUUGAUGAGCAGGAUGAUAUUGGUACUAAUAUUAAUAGCUUAGAGAAGAAAAAGACUGAAGCUAAAAAAGAAGAAAAUAAGUUUAGAAAAGGGAGAAUUAGCCUUGCAGAUUUUAUGAAAAUGUAA